GUGACAGUUGGCACCUCGGCUUUCCGCACAUCCACAGUACAGCAUAGCCAACUAGAUCUAUUGAUAGCUGACUUGACCCUAUCGUUCGAUUCGUCGUUUGUAGAAUUUGGUCUCUCUCGCUCAUUGUUUUCCACCCUUGAUGCGGUAUGUAAGACGAUUCAUUUUUAUUUUCUAAGCCUCGAUGAUGCUUAUUCUUUUCUUGUUGCUUGGUUCAGGGGAUCAGAGGAGGAAUUCCAAAUCCGUUGGUCACAACCAAUCGAUCCGGAUACUCUUAUAGCAGUUGUACGUAUUCAAGCGGCAUUUAGAGGCUAUCACACUCGUUUAUGCAUGCGACUUCGUAGUCCACAAACCAUCGUGUCAUUCCUGGUCCCAAGCUUACGCUCUAACAGUCUGUCAGAUUCACCGUUGGGCGAUUGUGACACUCCUAGGUACGUCAGAAUGAAGAUGGCGCUUAUGCGGAAAGCCAAACGUGUCGAAUCCGGUUGGUCCAAAUGUUUGGAAUUGCUGAACCGUGGCCAAACGGAGCGGGAAAUCGGUGUUGAUUUGGUCCAGAUGUUGGUUGAACAGAAUGAACUUGAAUUUGGAAGGGAUUUAGAGCGGUACAUCGCAUGUUUGGACUUUACCGGCUCUCAACCAGCAAGGCCAGUUAGUGAUAUACUGAACCUAACCGAAGAAUGUACAGCAAAACCAGAGCUGUCGCCUAAAGUGCAGGACUGGGUCACACUCCUCUUUCGAGAUAUACUGACCAUUGGUCCACAAAACGACCCAAAGGAUGAAGGUUCGACAAAAGACUUUAGGAUGCGUUUCCGAACCGAUCUGCCCGACUGUCAGGUUAAAAUUAUCAACAAUGAUACUGGUAAGUGUCAGCAGCAUGCAAACCACAUUCAGUUUCGCCAGGAGCUGCACACAAUCUUUACCGGAACGGUUCAUCCGAUAUCGCUGAAACUCAACAAAAAUGGAUAUAGUUUGCUAGGCAUUGGGGGUCCGAGUCCAUCACCUGAAGGUCGUUGGCUUCUGCGCCUAAUGGCUCCUGGGACAAAUGGAUUAAACGGUCUCCCGCAAAUACAAAAUGACUGGCAGCGUCCGCUGUGUACAGCAUUCAAGGCAAAGGAGGUGACUGGUUAUUACGUCCCAAACGAAAAAGCACUGUUGUUCAGGAGACACGUAGAGGUUGACAGAGAUCAGCUGAUCACCGUGCACCUUCGUUUGUCAGCUCCGAGCGUGCCGGUUCGACUGUCAAUAUUCCACUCUAACCAGCUGGUGACAGCUGCAACUGGUGUGGGUGAAGUCUGUGUACGAGCCCAAUUACUUCGAUCCACUAAAGAUCUGCCGAUCAGUCAACCCAGAAGCCUAACGAAAGAAGAUCAGUCGGAUUCCAGUUCCACCGGUCGCAGACCAUCCGCUAAAAAGACUGGGAGAGUUUCAGUAACUUUUUUCAGCCGAAUACCUCAUAAACACUGUCCUUCUAUGCACUGUUUAGCUGCGAAGUACGUUCAUGAGUCUGCCCGACAAAGCAGCACAGGAAGUUCAGGACGGAAAAGCCGAGAAAGUAGUAUAAGUUCCACGUCCCAACCGAAGCGGAUGUCUAGCCGAGAGGGGCAUCCCUUGUCAGGCGAUCGAAGAAGUCAUGUUCAUCCUUGCUGGAUCGAAGCGCAUGUGGACAGGAAUGCGUGGCCGUUAAGUUUGGAGAACUGGUCCUUCUUGGUGGAGCAGAAAAAAGCGCAGUUGGAAGAAUUUUUGGCCCGGCGACAACGGGGAACACCGCCCAGACAGCGCACAACAACAACAACGGCCACGAAAUCUUCGAAAGAAAAGCAAACGACGCUCCCUUCAGAGAUUGAUGAACGUCAAGCACACUGGAAAAUGCGAAUUAUUUUGGAUGCCAACAAACUGGUUGUUUCCGAAAGUGUUAUCCCAGAUGCAAGUGACUGCUUUGAUAUUGCUGCAAUUGGAGCGGUAGGCCUGGAUGCAUGCAUGUACGGAGCUGUCACUGCAGUUCAUCCUGAUUAUCUGAUUUCGGAAAAAUCGGCUUUGCGGACCGCAAUGCACAUGAUCGGUCUUAUGACACCCCCACCAGACAGGACGGCUGUGAAAGCAACCGGUUUGCGAUUGGGUCAUCCAAGCGCACUGCUCCAGUUAGCUCCAUCAAGCCCAGCUAAUCGGGUAGGGCCGUUCGCCUGCCGUCAAAGGCGUGAUCAACCGAAGAUUUCGCACCACCAUGGAUGCAAUUUGGCUGGAUGGAUCUCCGGUGCCGAACUGGUGGCUGUUGAUUUGCAGUCGAUUUGCGAACGUUUCGUCACCAUCCGAGGAGACAUCAUCGGUACGCUGUUGGUUGGUAGUCCCUCUCUUCCUGCCUGCGUUUAUAUAGUUUACAAAGAACAGCCUUUGCGCUGUCUUUAUUGUCUGUUCAAAACAGAUGUAAUCCUGAAUGAGGAUCUGCCGGUGGAACUAGUAACCCAAACAUGUGGCGAAGGUUUUGACUCAAAAACGCGUUACACUCUUGAUCCCCCUCCAAGCCUGAGCAACACACCUUCAGAAAGUUUUCGACUGGAGAAAGCAAGACUUGCGGAAACGCUUGGUCAUAUUGAACAGCAAAGGUUGGAAGAAGCGGUCAAACUACUGAGGUUGUUGGAUGAAAGCUCUUUUAUUGGAACCCACUAUUUAAAGGCUUUGAACGAGGAAGAAAUUACCUCAGAUCCCAGUGAGAGUGUCACCUUGAAACAGAAGGUUUACAAUGAGUUCCAGAAAGCGUGUGACGAGGCAAAGGAGUGCCUAAAAGUGGAAAAAACAAAAGAGCGUGACAUGUUCAUCCUUCUUAUGAAGACAUUGCAG